AUGUAUCGCGUCGAAUUUAUUACGCCAUGGGUGCGGAUGCGAGCGGAGGAGGUUAAUAUACGAAACGAGAGAAGACUUUUAAGUGUGGCGGAACCAUGGACCGAGCGAUAUGCGACGACGUAUUUCGGCAAUCGCAAACGUGAGAGGAGAAUCGCUGACGCGGGAUCGGCGUACGAUCGUUUGCACGACGUAACUCCCUUCGAUCCGAGUAAACCGCGAUGCGAUCGCACCAAGCCAAGUCUCAUUUGGGCGGAGAUACACGAGGAGAACAAACGUCACGUCGUGCCGAUGACUGCUAAUCACUGGUACAGUCGACCGAAUAGAGACCAAAUCGAUUAUCCGGACAUGAGAUUUGCUCGAUCGAGCAAAACCAGGGAUUUCUAUAGCCGAAAUAGGAUUCCCGAUCUAACACCCAAUAGAGCGGAACGAAACGCUUUCUAG